CUUCAGGCUGCUCGCCAUGUUCGACGGCCCCGGGAGCUUCUUCAGGCUGCUCGCCCUGGGUCUUUUGCUGCCUCAGACCCGGGCCUUUAUCGCCGGCACCAGCGCCGCGCACCCUCCCUGCGGCGGGCCACCGCCCUCGGCUCGCCGAAUAGCCGCCGUCCGUGCCGUCGUGCUGGCGGAUGAAGUCGUUGCUCCUGCAAGCCCGGAUGAGCCACCCGGUGCCGGGCAGCCCCAGCUGCUGGCCGGCAUCCUGCGCGCCGGGCUCCAGCGCGCUGCCGACGACCGUCGCCGCGUCGACGAGCUCGUGACCCACUUCGAGUACGACGGAGCCGUUGACGUGCCCGCAGAGGGCCGGCGUGCGAGCGGGCAGGGCGAGGUGAAGCGGCUGCUGACGGCGCUGUUCGCCGACAACGAGGUCGGGACGAUCGAGGUGGACUCGGACGGCGCGUCCGUCCUCCUCUCGCUCCGCGACUCGACGGACCGCCGCCGCACCCUCCGGCUGCUCGCGACGGGGCGAGGCGGUGCCUCGCGAGGCGGCGGCGCGAGGCACGGGCCAAAGAUCGCAGAGGUGGUGGUCCACGAGCUGCUCGACGGCCCGGCCGCGCGGGCGGAGAGCGUGUUUGGAGGCGGCGGCGCCGUCGUGUCCGAGGAGCUGCUGCGCCCAAAGUGGGAGACCUUCGACGGGCGCGUGCGGCAGCAGAUCUGGCCCGACACCGACCUCUUUGCGCGGGGCAACCUCUUCCUCAAGGAGAAGCUGGAGCUGACGACGGGGCGGCUCAUCAUGGUGGUCGACUCGGCGGUGAUGGAGCUCUACGGCCCGAAGAUGGAGGAGUGGGCGGAGUCGGUCGACCUGCAGCUCGAGCUCAUCGUGGCGCACGCUAACGAGGACCGCAAGAGCCUCGCCACUUUCACCUUCCUGCUCGACGAGCUCAAGCGCGCGGACCCGCUCCGCCGCUCCGAGCCCGUCCUCUGCGAGGCGCGCCCCGCCUGGAGCGUGAUGAUCUAUGACUCUGUCCUCCGCCGACACGGGAGGGACAGCUCACUGUCAAAGGCCUCGAUCGCCGUCAUGAAUGCGCGUGGCUCUCCAGGCGUCCUUACCGACACCGCCGGCUUCGCGUGCGCCUGCUGGCGGCGCGGCAUCCCGUGGUGCCGCCUUCCCACGACGCUGCUCGGCAUCGUCGACGCGAGCAACGGCGUGGGCCACUUCUACUCGCCGCUGCACACCUUCAUCGACACGAGCUUCCUCGACACCGUCUCGCGCCCCGACAUCCGCUCGGGCUGCGGCGAGAUCAUGAAGGCGGCCAUCAUCCACGACGCGCGCCUCUACGAGCUACUCGACGCCCACGGCGAGGAGAUGAUCGCAGCAAACUUCCGCGGCUCGCCCGAGGCGCGGCGCGCGCGGGACGAGAUUGUCGUCCACCGCGACGGGCUGCUGCGCGCCCCGCUGCCGGCGGGGAUCGGUCAGUGCGAGUACGUGGACGAGAUCGACGACGGCGAGAUCGACGCUGCGUUCGCCCGCCUCACCGCCUUCACGACGGAGCACGCCGACACGGUCUGGGACAUCUCCAAGUCGUUCGCCGCCGAGUGAGCGGGAGAGGGCGUCCUGCCGCCUUUAGUUUCUCUAGCCAAGCGCCUCCUUUCGCGCUGAUCGACGCGCUGCGCGCUCCUCUUGCAUAUAUGCUACGUGAUUGCAUGGGGGGAUCGUCGCAUGCGCCAUAGCCCCGUGUGGGGGCAUGCAUCGGGGGCCAUGCGAUGGCGUGGCGCGGGGCCGGGGCCGAGGGUCCGCCGCAGCGCCUCUCUCGCGGCGCGCGGCCCGGCGGCACGGAUCUCGGUUCUCGCGCGCCCGCGCCGCCCGCGCCCGCCGCGGCCCGCGGCGGCUGCGCGGCGCGCCGGACCCACGCGGUGUUUUUUUUGGGUGUACUCGUUGUGGCUCUCUACACUGUGUUGCGGUGCAAGAUAAAUACAAAAAUAACAUUGCGGCGGGCACGCGGUCCCCCCGGGCGCACCACAGCGGGGCGCAACCGCCACAGGCCACAGGGGGUUGGCGGGCGCGACUUUGCAGGUCCAGGUGGCGUGGCCGUGGGGGCGAUCUCUAGACCGCCUCGGUCCCAAGGCUGGCACCGCCGCGCUCAGCCGAGCCUUUGCCGCACGGGGCGCCUCAAGCCAGGCAGCGACUGGCGGUGCAGCAGCGGCGGCAGCUUGGCCGACGCCCACUGCUCGCGCACCGCUUGCUCGCACCUGCAGACAGUCGGUGCGCCAGCAGGCAGGUGCGUCGCAGCAGGUGCGGCGGAGGGGGCGAUGAGAGUGGGCAAGGAAAGGAAGGAGGGGAGGCAACCAGCUGGAGGGCGGGGCGCGGCUGUGAGGAGGGGCGGGUGGUGAGGGGUGAGGAGGGGCUGUGAGGAGGGGCGGGAGGUGUCUCACCCGCCCUGCCAGCCGAGCGACUCGGCCAGCAGCGAGCGCCGCUCCCGCAGCGUCGGUCCGGCGGGCAUCGAGCGACGCCGGGGCGGCUCGGAGGCGGAACCGUCGCGCUCCCGCCCCCCCGCGCUGCCCGCCCAGCUGUGCCCCUGCCCGCCCGCCUGCCUCCUGCCGGAGAGAGGCGUCUUCCCUCUCCCCGCCACGCCCCCCGCCACACCCCCCGCCACGCCCCCCGCCGCUGCCGGCACGCCCCCCGCGACAGAGAGGGAAACCAUCUCGGAGAGCGGCAGCGCGACGCCGUCCAAGGGGAGCGGGCCGGCAGGGGGCAGGCCGGCAGGGGGCAGGCCCGCGGGGGGGUCGGCGAGGCCCAUCGCAGCGAGGAGCAGGUUGCCUCUCUCCGGGUCGGCGGCGUCCUGCGAGUCGGAGUCGUCGGAGACCUCCUCGGUGUGCUCCGUGAGUGAGGCCUCGGCAGGGUCAAAGGGCUCACGGAGCGACAGGCGGCGCUCGGGUUCGCUGGCCUCGCCGCCGUCGCUCGCUCGGCGCGUCGCCGCCGAGCUGCUGGGAGAGCUCGACGACGUGGAGAGCGAAGACGCGUACCCUGAAACUCGCUUCCGCAUCUGGGGGCGGGGAGGCGGCCUCUCGUCGUCGCACGCCUCAGACUCUGACCACUCUGGGUCGCCCUCGGAGGCGUGGCUCACGCGCUUCUCGAAGCUCUCUCGCAUCGACAGCACCCAUCGACGGUGCCGCGCGGUCGCCUCGUCCAGGCUGCUUGACGAGCGCCGCUUGAGUUCGGCGUGGGUGUCGGGAGAGGUGCGGCCGGAGCUCUGCGAGGAUGAGCUGGUCGCCCGGAGAUCAAAAGACUGGAGGAAAGCCGGGUUCAUGCCGGGCAACAGAGCGCACGCCAAAA